GGCACAGAGCGGGGCGGCGCAGGUGUGGGUGUGGCGGUACGCAGGCAUUAUGGGUACGCCGAUACGCACCCCUGUUAUCUCAUCUUUUGCUCCCAGGACUACUCGCCGGAUAUGUUUUUUUUUCUUUCCGUAUUUUACCUCCUACCCUUACAGAGGGCCUGGGUGGAGUCAGCAGCUGGAUCAGGAAUGCGAUCGCAGACAGACGUCGAAUCAACAGGCAAAGAGACAGAAAGGAGGGCGAGACGCGAAAAGAGCGGCCCAGGGUGCACGUCCUGGUGCUGACAGGUUCCCUUCCUCUCCCUCUCCAUUUUUGCUGCUCCUUUGACAAUAUGGCCCGUCGGUCUCAAAGCUCCUCACAAGGGGACAACCCUAUGGAUCCCAACUAUCUGGAACCACACUAUCGUGAAGAGUAUCGACUGGCCAUCGAUGUGCUGACUGAGGGCAACUUAGAGACAUUUUAUGAAUUUUUGCAGGGCCAUGCUAUUGUCAACUUCUUGGCCCAGCCUGAGAUUGUUCACAUCCAGAAGACACUACAGGUGCCAAAGAUAACAAUCCAGCAAGAGCCUUCAUAUGCAGAAGGAGUUUAUACUGACCAUGAUAGUUCAUCAGGGACUUACUGGCCCAUGGAGUCUGAUGUUGAAGUCCCGGGACUCGACCUGGGCUGGCCGCACGUGGUGGGAUUCACAGGACCCACUGAAGUAACGACCCUCGUCAACCCAUCAGAUCCAGACAUGCCUUCGAUCAAGGAGCAGGCUCGGCGACUUAUUAAAAAUGCUAGACAGGUGAUUGCUGUGGUAAUGGACAUAUUUACUGAUGUUGACCUGUUUGCUGAUCUGCUGGAAGCUGCUUCACGCCGUGUACCUGUCUACAUCUUGCUGGAUGAAAUAAACUCCUACCAUUUUGUGAGGAUGGUGUUUCAGUGCAAAGUCAACCUUGACUUUGUCCAUUUUAUGCGUAUAAGAACUGUGUCAGGCAUCACCUACUUUUGCCGGACAGGGAAGUCUUUCAAGGGUCAACUGAUGGAGAGAUUCUUGCUGGUUGACUGCAGGGCUGUGCUAAGUGGCAACUACAGCUUCAUGUGGUCAUUUGAGAAGAUUCACCGUUGCAUAGCUCAUCUGUUUCUUGGGGAGCUGGUGGCUUCUUUUGAUGAGGAGUUUCGCAUAUUGUUUGCCCAGUCCCAACCUCUGGUUUUCGAAAAAGCACUUAUGAUGCAGCCAGAGGAUAGUGACUUUAACAUCCAGCCAUAUGGUCACAUCAGACCUCCUCCAAUUAAAAAGCCUUUGUUAUACUUUCCUACAGAGGGCUCUGUCAUUUCCCAGCACUCUUCUUGUUCGUAUGGGGAAAGGAUGGACAUGGAGAGGGAGAACUUUAGAAGAGAGGAUCCACUCCGACACGCUGUGGAAGGUGCACCAAAAAAUAUGUAUGGGAGAAACUUUGGUCCUCAGUUUGAAGCAGAGAGAGUUUUUCAUUCACCGAGGCACUUGCUCAUGAUAUCACGGCAAAUGGACAUGGAUGCCUUCAAACGACACAGCUAUGCCGAAGGAACAAAUGACAACUAUCUACAUGGUAAGCAAAUCAUAAGACAAAGGAUGAUGAAAAAUGUGGACCCAAUGGAAAGCCAAGCUGGUCAUUAUUUAAGGGAACCGAUUUAUCAGAUGGACAGGUCAUUUCAACCUAGUAGGUACAGAGGACCAGGAUCAGGUCACAACAUUUAUGACAGAGGGAGGAGCAACCACAUGGAAUACCAAGAAAUGGAAGAUUAUUCUGAUGACUCUAGGUUUACCCAGGAGGUUCCUGGUGUGGCACCCCAGCACAUUGGUGGUUAUCAACAAAUGUUGGAUUAUGUCCCUUCUAAUUCAUCUAAGGAGGUAAAGCAUGGGUCUGGUCGCCUAGUUCCAGGAGAUGGGCGGCAAGGUCAUUCCACACAGAAGAGGCAAAACACUGGACACACCUACAUUUGCCAGUCAUCUCCCACUCAGAAGCACCCGCCAGACCAGAAGCAGUUAUUCCAUGAAUCCAGUCUAGAAAGACAGGGACAAGACCCUAACAUUAAACAGGGUCUAAGAACAUGGCGCAUCUCCUCAUACCUCAAUACAUAUCAAGAAGGUGGAGAUGAGGGUCUACAGCACCCUCUUGAUUCAGAGACCUUUGAUGAGCCCCAGGAAGAGACCCCAUCUGCUCCUGAGGCAUCCUUCCCCCGGUUUGCUAUCAAAGAAACUCCAAAGGUACCUACUUUCAAAAGAACUGAACCACAGUUUCUUUUCAGGUCUAGUUUUAGGACAGCAAUGGAUGCUACGGCUGAAGACACAGAAUUAGCUGGGAAGGAUGUUGGAGAUGAUGCUGAAACUAAGGAAUCACGGGACAUUAGUCUUACUAAACACGAGUCGAUGAGAUCUAGGUUGAAUCCUUUCUUGCAGCGAAAUUCUCGGCUGAGGUCUUCUCUGAUUUUUAGUUCUUCCAAGCUGGAGCAACAUAACAGUUCUUUGAUGAAAAACUCCUCAGGACUUGAUCAGAAAGAUCAACCCACUGGGGAAUUAAUUGAGGAAAAUGCACCAGUCAGAAUUGGCCUCGCAGCUGAGGAGAUUUUAGAGAGGAAGAAAUUUAUCACAAGAGAGCCAUUUGAGUUCAAAUUGACUGAUCAAAGUAAAAUUGCUUCAAAAGACCAGCAGUAUGAGAAAGCUAUAAGCGAUUCCACUGAGGUCACACAUCAAGAGCAGCAGUCCACUGAAUACAAGGAGCAUUGCCAUCUCUCCAAAUCCACUCUUAAUAUUGCAGAGCUUCUUUUAAAGAGGAGAUCCUUUUCCCGGGAGCCUUUUGAGUUCAGGUUAACUGACCAAAGCAAGAUAAACUCCAAAGCAUCCCAGGCAGAAGAUUCCUCAAAAGAUGCUCAGGUACUUAACCAAACAGAACAGAUCUCGACACUUAAUAAAGAGGACCAGGAUCCCAACCAGCCAUCAGCGUCUGGUCCAGAGUCUCUUUUAAAGAGGAAGCCCUUGCUUAAAGAGCCAAUUGAACUUCAGCUGUCAAGCCAAACCAGUAUCAAACCUUCUCAAAAAGAAGAGAACCAGCAAUCUUUACCAAAUCUGAAAUCAAAUGUGCCGCAUUUUGGGGAAUUUAACAGUGUACUGGGAAGAAGUACUGAACAGCUAAACAUGAAUGAUCCCAAUGAUCGGCUUUUAUAUUUCAAAGAAUUAGCAGCACAACGAAAGGCUGAGGCUGCAAAACAGGCUGAAGCAGCUAAGAGCAAGCAGCCAGAAUCCUCUCUUAAAAAAAGUGAAACGCAGGUCAAGGAGCAAGAAUCAGUUGGCAAGGAGGCCAAUAGGCCACCUCUUGCUGAUCAGGAAAAGAAGCCAGUUGUGGAUCAGAUUAGUAAGAAUCUUCCAGCCACUCCUGUUCCCAUCCUCCAAGUAUCACCCCAGACUAUAACCAUCACCGAUGCCACUGACUCCAUGAAGAGGGAGUUCAAAAAGACAUGCAGUCAGAGCAUGUCAUCACUGCCACUAGAGAUACCUGCUGAGAAGUCAAACAGAUCCAGCACCUCUUCAAUUGCUACAGAUGGAGGGGAUUUAAAGCAGGAUGUAAAGGCAAUGGAUUUUCUGAAGAAGGGUUCCCAGAAACUGAAAGAGUUUUUAGGACAAAAGGGAGAAAAAAAGCUGACUGAAGAGAAACCUGUGCCCCCGAUUGUUUCUGUGACAGAGGAACCUGUCUUUGAGGAUAAUGGACCUUUAAAGCAGAGUGAAGGACACGGUGCUACUAAACCUUCUAAGGUGGAGAAUAUAGAAGUGGCAGAAAAUAAGGAAGAUAAGACACGCAAGUCAACUCAGAAUGCUACUGCUAAGGUAAACCAAAACAGAUAUCAAGCGUCUGCUUCCAACGUGAUCUACAGCAGCAACCUUCGAGAUGACACUAAAGUCAUUUUGGAGCAGAUCUCUGCCAACAGUCAAAAGAAUCGGGCUGAAAUGGUUAAGCAAGUUCCAAAUGACACGGAAGAGACAGUGGAUGGCCAAGAGGUGGACAAGCCUGAUACGGAGAGCCAGGUACAGCCCACAUCAAAGACUAACACGAUUCCAAUUAGGAGCAGAUUCCAGCGGCCACAAACCAACCCUGAAGAACGGGAUAAGCUAAUUAAAAAGAUGGAGAACAUGCGCAAGGAGAAGAAAGUGUACAGUCGUUUUGAGGUCUUUUACAAGAACAAAGAUUCAGGUCAGGUGUCAGAUUCAGAAAGCACAGAUGAUGACACCAAGGAGAAAAAGUCUGGGAAACUGGCAUCUAGAUUUGGAAUUUUUAAAAGCAAAAAAUAGUGCUGUUUGUAUUCACAUUGCCAAAACUUUCAUACUCAUACUGUGUCUAAAUGUAUUGUUUAUUUUUUUGUAAUUUUUAAUCCAUUAUUAUAUUUGGAUUUCUUUCCGUUAUUGGAGAGAUGAACUUGGCUGAGAACCUGGACUUUUGCUCUUUCAUUUUUUUUUUUUGUUUUGUUUUUAAGGAGGACUUAUACCUAACUGUUCUUGUUUAAGAUGCAAUGUUUCACAGUUUAAAGGUUAUUUGCCUGAAUUUUUGGGCUUUAGGGAGUGCUUUGCUUGCCAAAGAAGCUCAAGAUGUUUAUGGGCCCAUUUUCACUAAAUGCAUGAGAUUUUAGAUGUUUCUAAUGCUGGGUUAGUUGCUGGCACUGGUCUGAACGUUUGAUCUCGUACUGCACUGUGUCAAGAUCAUUUUAUUUAAAAAAUGACAUGACAUCAGGGACUAUCUUUUUGGAUAUAUAUUUUGGGGUGGGAUUUUCUGUGAGGUUUUUAAUACUAAUGAUUUCCAGCAGCUGUGAAUCAGAGUGUGUGUAUACAGAACUUGGUAUGGACUGAUGGCUUCUUUUGUUAUAUUCUGGACCUUCGUUCUAACAAGCUCACUUAGUGUUUUUGUUUGUUUGGUGUGUAUGAUAAAGCCGGUCUAAAGGAUAAAUCUGGUAUUUUUCAAGUCAAAGUUAUUUCUUCACAAACAUGCUGUAUAUAGAAAGUUAAUUGCUUUCUAUAAAUUAAAAUCUUAUUCACACUGGCAUUUUACAUUGUAUUCUGUAAGGCGUGGGAAAAAGCUUAAAAACACACCAAAUAUGUCAAUUUUAUUAAGUCAGGACAUAUAUCAAGUAUUGACCUGCAUCUUCGAUUACAUACACAUUGUGAAAUAUUGUAUUCAUGUCACUUUUGGGGAGAAAAAAGGCAAUAUUAUGAGAUUUAGCCAUUUUAAAAGAAGACAAGCGGUGUGCAAACUCAGCACUUAGUCUUCAUGCACAACAACCGUUCACUCCCCCUGGGAGGUGGUUUCUUCUCAAAAGACUAAAUCACAGUACUUUUCAUGCCAUGUUGUUGGUUUUGUUUCGAUUUACUUCCAUAUUUCCACGAGAAUUCCCACAAAUGAAUAGAAAAUGUGUCCCUACCACAAGAAAAAUAGCAUCAGGAACAUGCAAUAACAAUUAUUUUCAGAUCCCUUUAGUUGUCACAAUCGUGUCAGAAACGCAGAUGGCAUGGAUCAAUGCUCGACAACAGUCGGCUUGAAAAAUGAAUGUAUUUAGUAAGUUUUUAAGCUUUUCUUCUGACCCUCUAACCAUGCAUUGUAAAGUGCCUCUGCGGGAAAGUUAUUUUAUUAUUUUAUUUGUAGAACAUUAGAACAUCAUUUUGCAUUGUAAAUGUAUAUAUGUACCAUGUUUGUGAAAAAAUAACUGAUUAUCAAACUUAUCCUUUAAGAACAUAUUGAUGCAAGUAAACAGCUUCUGAGGGUGAUUGACCCAUGCAAAUAAACUAUAGAUUAUCUGCUAUGGAUAAUGUUAAGCAUCUCCACUUUUCAGUGUCAUAUUCUGCCAAACAUCUACUCAGAUUAACAACUCUACAUUAAAUGUAAUCUGCAUCAUGUCAGCAUCUCUUUCCUCUUUCUGUAUUAAACUAUCAGAAUGGCUGUGGCUUUUAAGGAGAAGAGUAGACAUUUGGAUUAGCCACAUGUUGAGAUCAAUCAUCUCAAAAUCGUUGUAUGUUUACUUAAAAUUCAUCCGAUAAUGUGUCAGACAAAAUGUUUUCUAGGACUAAAAUUGAAUACCUCAAUGUAAAGGAAACAGCCAGAGACUGAUGAUGUGUAUAGACUGUGGCAGAGGCUUGCAUAGACGAUGAAACUGAUGAAUUAAACAUUUGUAUUAUAUUUAAGUGAUUUUGUUAAUCCGUAAGUCAGUGUUUAUAGAAUGUGUCCAUGUUUACGGCAGACAGACUUUAGAAUUUCAUUACUGUGGAACCCCUUAAGAAAGUCGUAAGUUAAAGAAUCUUUUCGUAGGGUCUCCUAUUGUUAUCAUGCUGAAGUACUGUACAUCUGUAGCCAGAUAACAGAUAGAUGCACACACAUAAUGUUCAUUGCUGCCUAUUAACUGUUACUGAGAAAGUCUGUAUUUGCCGGGUGUGGGUGAAAGUGUGUAGGUGCCCCGCAAUGGGCUUGGUCUUUUCCUAAAAAUAGCAGAUGUAAAGGUACUUGAUUGAUGGAUUAUGUAUGGGAACGUUUGAAACAAAGCUUAAAAUAUUACGUUGGUAGUUCUUGUUCUUAUCGAGGUCCAUCAGUCAUGCUUUGUAUCUUUACUGAAGUUUAUAAUUGUAUAUGUUUUAUUGUGUAUUCUCACUUUCAGGCUCUUUAUUGCAUAGACCUGAACAGAGUGUACCAAAUUGCCACUGUAGCCCUUGUAUGUUUACACUCAGCAACCUGUCACAUAGAUGCAACUGUGUUUAUCUCCAUUUAAUGGUCACUGUCAGGGGUGACUGCUGCUGUGGCUAAAUACUUCCCCCUUUCUCAUAUUUUGUAGCUAUAACCCCAGGUGACAAGAUGGAGCACCAAAGUACAUGUGAGAGAAGGUUUACACUUUUAUUCAUGCAUGCUAUUUACCCAAUGUGCCAAGAUGGCCAGGUGGCUCUCCAUAGUAAGAUGAUCGGUCUACUGAACUGUUGUGGUCUCUGGAUGAAAUGAUGGAGUGAGAGACCUCGAGCUGCUUUAUUACUAUGCUUCCCUGUCCAGACCUGGCUAGCCAUGACUUAGUCAUUGACUCUUCUACCAACUCAAGAGUUUCAGUCAUAGCCUUGGGCUAGGACUCUUUUGGUUUUUUUUCUUGCUGAUUAUGAUUAAUAUGUAUAUAGAGGUCACUAAUUAUUAAUUUAUGCUGGUUGUAACUGGUAUUCUCCAAGUAGAAGAGGCUUAUUAGAAAACAGUUUCACCUUACUAGUGAAGGUUUUUCAAAAUAAUGCUUUGUCACUACAGAGAUGCAUUUCUUAAUAUAAUUUGUAACAUUUGAAAGCAAGUCACUUGAAACCAUUAUAUAAAAGUCCACCCUGAUGUCAUUAUUUAUUGUACACCAACCAUCCGCCACUUCUUAAGAGGAGAUGGGCAUGUUUCACUCUUGGAGGAAAAAAGUAUAUUCACAAAAACAAAAUCACAUUCACUGUAUUCAAAAAAUGAAAAACAGGUGAAGGUUUACUAAAAAAUUGAAAACCUGAUGUUACAGGUGUUGAAUAUUUAUCAUACAGUAGCUUUGGCCUCUGAGUCGUAAUGACAUCAGGUUUCCAGUUGUUGGGUAGUGGAUGUCUGUGUUAUAUUAUUUGCCAUUAAAUAUGCUUUUGUCCCCAUCCUAACUUCAUAAACCCGAGUAUGGUGGUACUGGGUGCCACUUUAGGAGAGUCUCACCCCCAAAAUUUAUGCUGAAGAAAGUUCAACAACCAAAAUUAUGUUUUCCCAAUUUCCUUUUUUAGAUUUUUUUCGACUGUAGUUAUCAUUUUUCAAGUUUUGCUCACAAAUUCUGAAUGUUUUCAUAUUUUAAUAAGGUCAUGGCUAAACCAAAAUCAAAUUUGAAAUAAAACUAGACCAAACAUGAUACCAUGGUGUUACGGGCUAUGCAAACCUUAUUUGAACUUUUACUUACUGGGCCUUGCAAUGGACUGGCAUCUUUUCUUGCACCUGGUGUUGCUGUGGUAGACUGUGCCCAUACAAGUCCCAUCCUACAUUGGAUAAAGAGGUAUUGAAAAUGUAAGUAUGUAUGUAGUAAGUGAAGGGCAGCAUAUGGUUGUAUCUGCAAGGAAUAUAAGGUAAAACAUUGAUCAAAUUCUGAAAAGAAGGUAAGAGACUCCAGUUUUUGGCAGUGUAGUGUUUAUUUGUGUCAGUUAAAUCCAGCCAAAAUGUCUCUUAAAUUCUUUUUCGUUUCAUCAUGGAAACAAUGUUUUCUGUGUAUGUGAGCAGUGUUACACUUCCGCUUUGUCUACUGUUUCAGCCAGGUGCCUGGUUGUAUGUACGGUCGGAGGAAAAAAUAGACAGGGUAACUGUGUUUAUACUCGGCCAUUAUCUCCUCCAUUUGACAUGUACUGCCCCAAACUAUUUCCCACUAAGUAGGCUCCAGGUAAGCAAAAUCUCAUAAAGUCUGUGUUUGGCCUCCGUAAUGUAACUCUGAGACUCAUUCCCUUGUAUAAAUAACAUAGUGCUCAAUAUGGGAUACUUUUUGGAAAUAUUACUUAAAUAAUCUAUAACCGUUUUUCCCUCCAAAGGACUACAAUUUGAAAAUCGUCAGCCACUGUAACGAAAGUUCUCUGACAAUGCAUUAUGCAUAAUGAGUAACAAUUUGCAGUGACGUUCAUGAGGAUUCUGAAAUGCUGUGAGGUCCAAUAAUCUUUAUGGGCAACCAAUGUAAAGUUCAGGCCUUCUCCGCAUAUGUUUGACAUUGUGCAAUGAUAAGGAGUAUUCCUUUAAUUCUCAUUAAGAUAUUGCAAUGUUUACAGUUUGAUGAAGCAAAAUGAAUGAUAUUAUUUGCUGUAAGAUUUUCAAUUAUUUGAUUAAUGUCAUGCAUAAUGUUUGCUGUUGUGAUUUGAUCUUGUGAAGUCUGCUACCACAGGAGCACUUGGGCUUAUUGGGCCGAGCAAAUCAUUCUUGUCCUACAUUAAUAAUAAAUGGUAAAAAUGUGACACUAGAACACUAAUUGCUGGUUGGGACCCCCAUUCACCUUGACAUAACAAUCUAUAAAUCUACUCUGCAGUUGCCCAUUUUUCAUGUUUUUUUCCAACUCAAUGCAACUUAAAGCUGAUGUUACUCACUUAACCAGCAAAAGGAAAUAAGUACAGCUUUGAGAAGAAAGUACUGAAGCUCUUUUUCAUGUGUGCAUUCACUUGCCAGCAGAGGGCAGUGUUCGAUGUACAGUUCUUUCAUGCUACUGUUUUUGUGGAGUAAUCCAAUCUUAACCACACAGUUGUAUUAACAUAAACUAGUGUCUUGGCUGACUAGUUGUUUCUUUAAUCUUGGUUUGUAGUUUUUAGCUUUUAUCACUGAUGAGCUCCCACCCGAUAUUACAGUAUCAUUUGUUUUCUGCUUUGUUUUUAUUGUAUUGCAAUCAGCAAAGAAAAUGGUGGUGUGAAAAAAAAAAUGUUUGCAAAAUCUGUACACUCCAUGAACAGAUAUUUAUAGUAUAAGGGACAGUCUUCCACAACUUUGCUUCUUGGGCUUCUUUCUAAUGGACUGGCAGGCCGUAACCAUUUAUGGUUAUUUUAUAGAGAACCUUUCAUGGUGGACAAUAGGAGUACUUUACACACCAGCUGAGUCUGUGCUUUGCUGCUGAAUAUCUGGACUUAAAGUGUGCAAUAGAUGAGGUGUCAUCACCUCAUCCAGUUAGUGAUAGCAGAGCAUUAAAAUCCCCAGCAUCAAUAAUGUGGUGAACUCCACUGCCAGCAAUUGUUUCAUAAUUAUGAUGCUGGCCACCAAGGUGAUCAAUCACGUCUGAGUGAAUUGAAGAACAUUCCAUUGAUCUACUGAAUUUCUUGUUGAGUUGUGUUCUCCAGGCAAAUACAGAAACAACAACAUAUCUGAGAAAACUGGAAAUCUUUAUCCAGUGUUUGAAAACAAGCAUGCGGUGUUCUUUUUUUAAUGUAUUUAUAAAACUUGUGUUCUGGAUGGUAUUAUGAAAGACCAGCAAUUUUUGCUGGCUUUCACCACAGAUAUCAGAUUUCUUGUCAAAAAUAGAUGAGCUAUGUUUCCUUUUGGAAUGUAGCUCAUUGUCCAAUGUAAACCUUCAGGAAUUCAGUUAAUUAAUGAAUAACUCAUCACUGCUUCCCAAAUCCUUAAUUUGUUCUAUCAUUCCAACCCGCCUUCAGACUUUUUGUGCUUCUGCCAAAUUUGUGGUGGACAUAAUGACAAGUGUGCCAUCCUGAAACUGUCCCAUGCCACUUAAUAAAAAAAAAAAAUAAUAAUUGUACACUGUAUGAGUGUGUGAUGGAUAUCCAAUGAGAAGAUGUGUUUCUACUAAAUUUAAUUUCUUGGAGAGUAAAGGAAUAACUGAUGCAAACGCGGUGCUAAAUGGUAAAACCCGUGUAAGUCUAAUGUAAAUUUGGGACAUCAGAGAUAUUUGUUGUAUAUACAUUUUUUUUUUUUUUUUUUAGAAUAAAAGUAUUCAUGAAAGUCUU